AAGGCUUGUUGACAAGAGAUGUUUGGUGGCAUCGUCGCUUCGGGCGUCUCUGACUAACGCUGUGUGAACAUCCUCUCCUCGCUCCCCAAGAGAACACGCCGGUACAAGAUUGGCUUGAAGCCUUUCCAGUCUUGUUGUUGAAGGAGUGCCGCCGAAAGCACAUCGGAAAUAGCUGUAAAGUAGCACGGUAGCCGCAGCCGCAGCAGCAACACCACCAACAGCACCAACACGAAGCGAGCGAUGAUGUCAGGCUUGAUGGGGCGGAGGAGGGGCAAGGCUCCCACACGAGACAGGGGAGGCGACGGAAACACAGCGCGGAGCAGCGGGCGGGCACUGGAAGGUUUGGACUUCAUCGAAGGCCUCGCGGGACCGGGGCCCGGGGGCGAGAAGUUCGUUGCCCACAAAGAGUGGACGAAAGAGCCGUUUGCCGAUGACUUCGACGACGAAGACCUGGAGUGAUGUGGGGGCCACUCGUGACAGAUUGACGACGGUACACAACAGCAGCAACGAACACAAUAACGUUUGAUUUUUUUGGGUGGGAGUACGGGUGGUCCGUCCGGGGAACAAGCAGCGAGGAAACCAAAAUGUUUCGUGUGGUCGUAACGAUUGGAAACGAACGCCUUGUUUUGCGCGGGUAGCCGCCGUCGCAAACGGCGGCUUGUGGGGCGGGAGGGUGCAGUCCCUUGCAGCAUGCAUGCAGGAGAUUGAGGCAAGGGUAGAGUUGGUCGUGUUUCGAUGGGGGAUAUAGACAUCUACGACGAAGUCGUUUGGGUUCCGACGAAAGCUGAAGAGUAUGGGGCGAACGAACGCACGCAUUGGAUUACGUGAUUCAACCUUCAACGUAGACACGUGUGGCGCUCGGGGAUGUUGGGAUGACGCAGAUACAAAGCCCAUCUUGUCCUUGUGGUUCAAGGUUGAAAAAAAGGCGAAGAAAAAGGCGAGAAUUGUCAACAGUGCCCCCUUCCAACGCCUGCGGUUGACACACUCGACGUGAAUGCCGUGGGGAGUUGGUACACGAUAGUUCUGCUAGAGUUCACCGUGAGCCCACUCGUACUUGAGCAGGAAACCAGGCUUAAAUGCUCUGGGGGAACUCUGUUUGAGAAGAACCAGAGUCACCCUGCUCGCGGGCGUCUGUUCCUCUUCAAAUUGCAGCGCCGACCUUGUCGGCUUGCGCCUCAUCCAAGCAAUCUUUUGAACAAAGACAAAUUCU